AUGAAUGUUAUUGAUAAUGUACGUCGUGCUUUUCGUUCAAAAUAUUCAUUUGAUAUACAAUCGACAUGGUUACAACCAUGUCUUGCUUGGUUACGUGAUCAAUUUCAAAUAACAGAAUUAACUAAUAAUUAUACACUUGAAAAAAUCUAUACUCAAUGGCUUCAUACAGAUAUUGCUCUUAUUGCUGAUGCAUGUUGUUUACCAAAUGAUUUAGAUUUAAAUGCAAAAAAAAUUCAAUUAAGUGGAAAAUAUGCAUUACAAAUCAAUAGUAUAUUAUGUAUAUCUGAAUCAUACUAUAGUCAAGUAUUAGAUAUACAUGGUGAUCAAAAUGAAAAUGAACGAAUUGAUACAGAUAUAACUGAAACUCAGCAAUGGAAACCACCACCAACUAAACGUGCUCUCUAUUUGGAAUUAACUGAUGGUAAAACAAUUCUUCGUGGAUUAGAAUAUGAAACAAUUAGUGGUCUUGAUCGAGAUUCAACAUUACCGGGUGCAAAAAUUCUUGUAACUGGUCCAAUACUUUUUCGUCGAGGAAUGUUACUUUUAACACCUAAAAAUACAAAAAUACUUGGUGGUUAUGUUGAAAGUUUACUUGAUAAAAAUACUUCUAUUGAAACAGCAUUAACUUCAUUAUCAAAAACAGCAUCAAAAUUAGAUGAAAGCCGAAUGCGAUUUAAUCGAUUAAAUAUUAAAGUUCAUCCACCGAUUGUUUCUAAUGAUUCAACAAAUAGAAUAACUGAUAGACAAACAAAUCAAGAUAAUUUUCAUGACGAUGAAGAUGAAAUGGAUGAAUUCAUUCGACAAGCAUAUGCUGAUGGUAUGCUUAAUGAUGAUAGUCAUGUAGCUCCAGAAUCUAUUGAUUAUAAUCCUCCUCCUCCUUCAUCAUACAAUACUAUUCAACCAUCUACUACUACUACUAAUCGAAUUCCAACACCAAUUGAUCAACCAGAAGAAGUGAUUUUAAUUUCGGAUGAUGAUGAUGAUAAUUACUUACUACAAACAAAUAUUCCUCCAACAGAAUCAUCAUUAUCUGAUAAUCAAAUAUCUGAUGUUUCUUCUUUUGCACCUCCAUCAUCACCACCACCACCACCACCGGUACGACCUUCAAUUCCUAAAGUAUCUUUACCUUAUACAUAUUUAUCUCUUAUUCGUCAUCAAAUAUCUCAAUCGAAUAGAAAUUAUCAAGAUUUUAUAAUAAAAGGAUGUUUUUCAUCAUUAGUUACAAAUCCACGUGUAAUUAAAAAUGAAUUUGAUUUACUAGCUUAUGUUAAUGAUGGUAGUGAUUGUUUACUUGUUCAAUUAGCAUCUGAUCUUCUAGCUCAUCGUAUUGGUAUAACUGUGUUAGAAUUAAUGAUAAAACGAAAAGAAUGUAAAAAUGAUAUAGAUAAACAAAAAUUUCAAACAGAUUUUAAUGAACGUUUAAAAAAAUUUGGUCAUGAUGAUGAUCGACGAAUUAUCAUCGUUUUCGAAGACAACAUAAAGUUGUCAUUAGCAAAAAAAAAUACAAUUGAAAAUCAAUUUGUAGAUAAUCAAUAUUUUUAUUACCGUAUGCAAACAUCAUUACUAUCACUUCAAUCAAUAACAGUCAAUUUGGAUUCACCAUAUAAAAUAUCCACUGAACAACUUCAUGUAUUACAAACAAGUAAUAUUUCCAUAUCAUUUCGAUUUUUACGACCUGGAGAUCAAUCAGAAGUAAAAUCUCUUUGUUGUGAUUGGUUUCCUAUUGAAUAUCCUGAUCUAUGGUAUGAUGAUAUUGUACAUGAUACAAGAUAUUUUGCUUUAGCUGCAUGUGAAAAAAAUACACAACGAAUAGUAGGUUUAGUUGUUGCUGAUAUACUUCCAUUAGGUAGUUGUAAUCGUGAAGAUCAACAAAUUUUACAUAAAUCAUUUCCAUUAACAACACCUGUUUGUUAUAUACUAAUAUUAGGUGUUGAAAAAGAAUAUCGACGACAAGGUUUAGCUGGUAUUUUAUUACAACAAUUAUUAAAUACAUUAUAUGAACGUGCAACAUGUAAAGCUGUUUAUUUACAUGUUUUAUAUUCAAAUAGACAAGCUAUUAAAUUUUAUCAAUCAAAACAAUUUCAAUAUCGUGUACAUUUACCCCAUUAUUAUUGUAUAAAAGGUGACAAUUUCGAUGGUUAUUGUUUUGCUCUUUAUAUCAAUGGUGGUCAUCCACCAUUUACUCUAAGUGAUUUCUUUUCCAAUUGGUGGACCUAUUUAACAGGAACAAGUCCUUGUCGUUUACUUCAAACAUUAGGGCAUUUUGUUGCAAAUAGGUUUAUAUUUACAGAUAAUCAUCAACGUACUUCAUCUUAUAAGCAAAUAUCACGAAUUAUUUGA